AGGGGGCGGGGUCCCCGCCAUGUCGCAGCGCGCCGGGGACCGCGAUCGCGACAGGGAGCGCGAGUUGCAGUGGUCGGCCCGCAGGAUGGGCACGUCGCUGCUGCUGCAGCUGUCGGCGCACGAGCGGGAGCUGGACCUGGUGUGCCUCGACCACAGCUACGCCAAGCCCUGGAGCGCGCACCCCGACGCCAGCGCCGCCCGGCCCGCCCGGCUGCUCUUCCUCACCCCGCGGAGACACCUCGGCAGCGCCCCGGAGGCCGAUGUCCCCAUCGACGUGGAGACGGUGACGCCCACACCGGUGCCGCUGUACGACAACCAGAAGGCUCGGAGCGUGAUGAACGAGUGCGAGCGGCACGUCAUGUUCGCCCGCACCGACGCCGACGCGCCCCCGCCGCCCGAUGACUGGGAGGAGCACGUCAACAGGACAGGCUGGACCAUGGCCCAGAACAAGCUGUUCAAUAAGAUCCACAAAGCGCUGCAGUCCGACAGGCUGGCCCGCCUGGCCAACGAAGGGGCUUGCAACGAGCCCGUGCUGAGGAGGAUCGCGGUGGAUAAAUGUGCCCGCAGGGUGCGCCAGGCUCUGGCCAGCGUGAACUGGGACACCAAACUCAUCCAGUGGCUUCACACGACUCUGGUGGAGACCUUGAGCCUGCCUGUGCUGGCUGCCUACCUGGAUGCCCUGCAGACCCUGAAAGGAAAGAUCCCUGCACUGAUCGACAGGAUGCUGCUCUCCUCCACGGCCAAGACAGGAGCAGCAGGGGCUGAGGCACUGUCCCUGCUGCUCAAGAGACCCUGGGACCCAGCAGUGGGUGUCCUGUCCCAUAAUAAACCAAGCAAACUGCCCGGAUCCCCCCUGAUCCUCAUCGCUUCCUCCGGCCCCGCCAACUCCAUGUUCCCCACGUCCCGACGGCACCGCUUCUGGCAGUCCCAGCUCUCCUGCCUGGGCAAGGUGAUCCCCAUCGCCACGUCCCUGCUGAACAAUGGCAGCGGGGUGGGGGUGCUGCAGUGCCUGGAGCACAUGAUUGGUGCUGUCAGGGGCAAGGUGGCUGAGAUCCACAACCACUUCUCUCACAAGCAGAUCAUCCUGAUCGGGUGGAACACGGGUGCCUUGGUGGCCUGUCAUGUUUCUGUGAUGGAAUAUGUUACUGCUGUCGUGUGCCUUGGCUUCCCUCUGCUCACUGUGGAUGGCCCCAGAGGGGAUGUGGAUGAUCCCCUCCUGGAGAUGAAGACCCCGGUGCUCUUCGUCAUCGGGCAGAACUCGCUGCAGUGCAACGUGGAAGCCAUGGAGGAUUUCCGCGAGAAGAUCCGGGCGGAUAACAGCAUGGUGGUGGUGGGAGGAGCAGAUGACAACCUCAGGAUAAGCAAAGCCAAAAAGAAAUCAGAAGGCCUGACACAGAGCAUGGUGGACAGGUGCAUUCAGGAUGAGAUUGCAGACUUCCUGACAGGAGUGCUGACCCGGGCCGAGAGCCACUCGGGCUCCGAGCCGCGCGACCUGGACGCUGAGAGGAAGAAGAAACCCCGUGACUGCAGCAGGAGGGAUCUGUCCUUUGAACUGCCUGAGAGGAGCAGCAGACCUGCCUCCCCUGCAGCCAAAGUGCCAGCCUCACCCUCAGGCUCUGAGCAGGACCUGUCCAGCGUGUCCAGCAGCCCCACAUCCAGCCCCAAGACCAAGGUGGCCGCCCUGGCCCUGCCCAAGCCCAGCCAGGUGGGCCCCACGCAGCUGCAGAGGAGGCAGGUGCCCAGGCCAGACGCUGUCCUGACCCACAAGCAAGCACAAGCUCAGUUUGCUGCUUUUCUGAAACAAAACAUGCUGGUGAGGAAAGCUCUUCCUCCUGGCACCUCUUCAUGUCUCUUUGUUCCAGUGUCCUCAGAGCACUCGGAGGGGGCUGACAGAGAUGAUGUGCGAGUGCAGCUGAAGAGGCAGCAGAGCCCCAGCCCGACCCCGUGCACCAAAGCCUCCAAACGAGCCAAAAUCAAGGUGACCAUUGUCUCGCACGGAGAUGGCGCGGGCGGAGCAGCCCUCGGCACCCAGGCAGAAAUUGUGUCCGGGAAGCCGCUGCCCCUGGGCCAGGCCGUGCCCAGCACCAAGGAGCUCUCAGGGCUGCUCUCCACCCCCAAACCGAGCUCAGGCACAGAGGCCUCGCUGAACCCGGCUCAGCCCUCGAUCCCCAGCAGCUCCGCCCCCAGCGCCUUCCACGCCCUGCAGAGCCGGCUGGUGGCCAGCAGCACCCACGGCCUGCCAGCCCAGGCAGCCACUGCCCUGCCAGGAGCAGCCUCUGCCAGCAGCCUGCUCCAGGGGCUGAGCUUCAGCCUGCAGGACAUCGGCACCAAGUCCUGCAGCCUCCCUGGCAGCGCGGCUGCUGCCGCCUCACCUGUGCAGAGCUCAGCUGGGAAGGCUCCUGCAGCCCUGCAGGGCCUGGCUGCCAUCACCACGGACACCGGCGCCAUCGUCCGCACCAUCCCCGUGGCCACCUCGCUGGCCCUGGGGGCCUCAGCCAGCGGCAAACCCACGGCCAUCCACCAGCUGCUGACCAACGGGGGGCUGGCCAAGCUGGCCAGCAGCCUCCCAGGGCUGGCCCAGAUCUCCAACCAGGCCACAGGCCUGAAGGCCCCAACCACCAUCACAGUGACACUGAGGGGACAGCCCGGCCGUGUGGGCACCCUGAGCCAGCCCAGCCUGAGCACAGUGCAGCCCCAGCUGGAGGAGCAGCCCCAGGGCCCUCAGGUAAGGGGACACCUUUCAGGGGACACCUUUUGGGGACACCUUUCCUUGGCAGUGUGGCCAUGGCUGCUCCUGGCCCUGCUGGGUGCUGAGGGGGUGCCAGGAACCAGGGCAGUGUCACUGUUGUGUCUCUUCAGGUUUGAUUUGCCUUGAUGCUGUGGGAUGGUUUGGGCUGAAAGGGACCUUAACUCCCAUCCAGUGCCACCCUCCCACUGUCCCAGGGUGAUUUGCCUCAGAGCUGACACACAUCCAGCAUUGCCAGGAGUUCCCAGGCAGGAUCCUGGCUAAACCUUGGGAUUUGGGAGCAUCCAUGAGCUCAGAACUAAGGCAGAGCUUGGAACCCUGAGCUGGUGACCCUCAGGCCACUGGGGACAGUCACUUGUGUAUGUCUGGAAUUCUGUGUUAGAGGCAGCUUUGCUGCUUUUCAGUGCCCCCUCAGAGGUGCUGUGCUUCUUUCUGUGUCCCUGUCACCCUCUGGAAAAGGGAUGGAGCUGGGCCCAGCUGGACUGCAGGGGGAGGAGAUUCAGAACAGGUUAAUUUUUCAGUCAGAGCUCGAUAUGGAUCCUGACUUCCCCUUCCAGCUGAGCUUGUGUGUUCAGAGCAGGGCUUUAAUCGUGCCAGAGCUGCUCCAAAAACAAACUAGAAGCUGUGCUGGCAGGAAAUGGGGCAGCUGCUGGUUUUGUUCCUAAUUAUAGCCCUGACAUCAGCAGGGUUACGUAACCCUGGAACGGCCCCAAUUCCCCCAGGGCUUCGUGCCUGGCGUGCUCAGCAGCAGCCAGAGCUGAGAUUCCCUUUGGAAUUCCAGCUGAGGGCUCUGCUGAGCCUGUGCAGGAAGCUGGGGUUUAAAUUUGGGGCUGAGAUGAGUUUUGGGGUGGGCUCUUGCCUUUCCUUCCCUCGUGGGCAGCACAGGAGGAAUCUCCCCAGGAUUCCUGUGGGAGGAGAAACCUGAGGGUUUGUGUGGCUGGAAGCUGAGAAUCAGAGUCAAACUGGGUUUGUUUUUACCUGCUCCAGGGGGGUUGGAUCUUGUGGGGUGUCCCUGCUGUGUCCUGGGGAGGCUCUGACAGCCAGGCCUGGAGCUGGGGCUGAGUUUGGGUGAGGAUGGUGUGAGGAGAGCCCCAAGUGCAGCCCUUGAAGGCAAGAAU